AUGUGGUUAAAAUCUAAUCCACCUAAUUCAUUUACAACAUGGGCUACAUUAUCUCAAGCUUUUCUUAGUAAAUAUUUUCCUCUAGGAAAAACUGCUAAGUUUAGAAAUAAUAUAACUAGCUUUGCACAAUAUGAUGGGGAGUCUUUAUAUGAAGCAUGGGAAAGGUUUAAAGAUUUACAACGUAAAUGUCCUCAUCAUGGUGUUCCUGAUUGGUUGCUAGUGCAAACUUUUUAUAACGGUCUUAAUGAAUCUGUUAGAAUAACUAUAGAUGCAGCCGCCGGAGGUGCAAUAAUGGGUAAAAUAACUACUGAAGUAGCUAAUAGGUUACUUGAAGAAAUGACUUCUAAUAAUUAUCAUUGGUUUAAUAAUAGGGGUAAACCAAAAAAUGCUGCUGGUAUGUAUGAAGUAGAAGGAAUUAACAUGUUAAAUGCAAAAGUUGACAACUUAGUUAAUUUGUUUACUAAAAUGAGUAAUGUCAAUUCUAUGUCUACUACUAUGCCAUGCUGGAGAAACCAUCCUAAUUUCUCUUGGAGGAAUUCAGGCCAACAAAAUGUUAAUGUUAAUUCACAACAUCCACCUGACUUCCAUAAAAAACAACCCCAACAAGAAAUUAGACCAUCAUGGGAGUUGGCUAUUGAAAAAUUGGCUAAUACUACUUCUGAAAGAAUUGAAAAGUUGGAAACUAAAGUUGAUCAGAUUGCUAUUUCUAAUAGAAAUGUAGAACUUCAACUUGGACAAUUAGCUAAUGCCAUCAAUUCAAGAAGUCAAGGAGCUUUGCCUAGUAAAACUGAAGUUAAUCCUAAACAACACUGCAACGCUGUCACUCUUAUAAAUGGUAAGGAGUUAAGUACCAUAAAAAGUACAAUUAAAGAAAAUGAGUCCGCCAGUGAAAGUGAAAAAGAGAAGGAGAAGUAUGAAGCUGAAAAAGAACCUGAAUCAACACCUCCUCCACCAUUGAGACCUUAUGUUCCCCCUAUUCCUUUUCCACAAAGACUUAAACAAACUAAACUAGAUAGUGAAUUUCAGAAAUUCUUGAAAAUGUUUAAGCAAUUACAUAUUAACAUUCCUUUUAUUGAUGCUCUAAUGCAAAUUCCUUCUUAUUCUAAGUUACUUAAGGAAAUUAUGUCUAAAAAGAAGAAGUUGGAAAAAUAUGAAACCAUUGCUUUGAGUGAGGAAUGUAGUGCUAUGAUUCAGAAAAAGCUUCCCCCUAAACUGAAAGACCCAGGAAGUUUUUCUAUUCCUUGCACUAUAGGUGAUAUUAAGUUUUCUAAAGCCUUGUGUGAUUUAGGUGCAAGUGUCUCUCUUAUGCCUUUAUCUAUUUGCAAGAAGUUAGGAUUGCAUAAUAUAAAAUCUACUACUGUAUCUUUGCAACUUGCCGAUAGAUCUAUCAAAUAUCCAAUAGGAAUACUAGAAAAUGUGCUAAUUAAAGUUGAUAAAUUUAUUAUUCCUGUUGAUUUUAUUAUUCUUGAUAUGGAUGAGGACAUAGAGGUACCUAUUAUUUUAGGUAGACCCUUCUUGGCUACUGCUGGAGCUAUUAUAGAUGUUAAGAAUGGUAUUUUAACGUUUGAAAUCGGUGAAGAAAAAGUUCACUUUAAUAUAUUUAAUGCUUCUAAAUUUAAUUCACAACGUGAUCUUGUUUGUCAAGUUGAUAUAAUUGAAGACAUGACUAAGAAGAAACAUGUAACUGAUGCUACUAAUGCUCCACUUGAAGUGUGUUUGAGUAAAACAGGUACUCCUCCUCAGCUCAAGAAAGCAAAGGUAAGAAAAGUUUUUCCUCCAAUCAAGGAAUGUUUUUCAUGGAGGAAAAAGGGUGAAUUCAAAACAAAAGAUACCAAAGACUAUAAUGAAGAUGAGUCUCUUAUGCAUGUUACCUGCUAUGCAGCCCUGCUGCUGUUAUGUGCUGCUGUAACCUGCUAUUGCUAUGUCCUGCUAAUAGCUAGUGCUGCUAUGUCCUGCUAG